AUGGCUGGGAUCCAGAGUCCUCUUGUUGAUCCGCCAGAAGAUGAAAAGGUCCAAUGCACGGGAUCGGUUCAUGGACCAUCUCCAACGGCGCUCCAUGAGAAUGCCAGUGUCCUCAACGACUAUGAUGCUCAGAAAAUCCUCCCGUAUGAAGCAGACGAUUCUCCAUUUCCUGAGGUCCGCGCCGUGGUGCAGCCAGUUGACGACGUAAGUCUGCCUGUCAAUACAGUGCGCGUGUGGAUCAUCGGCAUCAUAUUCACUAUUGUGGGGAGCGGGUUGAACCAGUUCUUUAGUCUGCGACAGCCCAGCGUCAGCAUCAGUGCUCUGGUUGCGCAGCUCGUGGCAUAUCCUGUCGGUUGCGCGUGGGCAAGAUGGGUGCCACUGGGCUGGGCGAAUCCGAACCGGCAUUUCAACAUCAAGGAGCAUGCUUUGAUCACAAUUAUGGCCAAUGUCUCCUUUGGAUCUGCUUCAGCCACCCAGGUGAUUGAGGCUGCCGUGAAGUUCUACGGGAUGCCUUCACGAGGCGGAUAUUACCUGCUUUUAACGAUCACCACCCAGCUACUCGGCCUGGGUCUGGCGGGGAUGGCUUCGCGCUGGCUCGUUGGUCCUGCUACGAUGAUCUGGCCUGGGGUGUUAUCAAACGCUGCGGUGCUACAGACAUUGCAUUCACGCAGCAAUCUGCUCGCGGAUGGGUGGAUUGUGUCCCGCCUUCGUUUCUUUCUAAUAGUGUUUAGUGUCGGUGCUAUCUGGUAUUUUGUCCCAGGCUAUUUGUUCACCGCGUUGAGCUCGUUCAGCUUCGUGUGCUGGAUUGUCCCACAUAACGUCGUCGUCAAUCAGCUGUUUGGCCAAGAGACCGGGCUGGGGAUGUCUCUUUUGACCUUUGACUGGGCACAAGUCGUCUUCGCGAAUCAAAGUCCGCUCCUCGUUCCAUUCUGGGCCGGACUCAAUGUGAUGGGGUCAUUUGCCUUGUUUUACUGGAUCAUCUGUCCCAUUAUCUAUUACACCAACACAUGGUACUCGGCCUAUAUGCCUAUGAUGAACUCUAAUACGUUUGACAACACCGGCAGACCAUAUCACACAAAGCAUGUCAUGAAUAGAGAUGGGACUGUUGACACUGAGGCAUACCGCCAUUAUUCGCCCAUGUUUCUUCCGGCAGGCUAUGCACUGACCUAUGGGAUCGCAUUCGCCAAUCUUACAGGCAUCUUUGUCCACAUUGCGCUGUAUAAUGGAAAGGAUCUGUGGGAGCAGUGGAAGGGCAGGAACAAGAAGGAUAUCCAUGCGCGAUUGAUUGCUGCCUACGCAGACGUUCCCUGGUGGUGGUUUGCCGGUGUGACCAUUCUGAUAUUCGCGCUCAGCAUUGUAGCCAACGAAGUCUGGCACACGGGGCUUCCAGUUUGGGCUGUUGUCACCGCGUUUAUCCUUCCUAUGAUCUACUUCGUUCCAGUUGGGAUCAUCAAGGCUACGACCAACAUCAGCAGCAAUCAAUUGAACCUGAUCACGGAGUUCAUUGGAGGAUAUGCUUUUCUGGGACGACCUCUGGCAAACAUGAUAUUCAAGUUCUAUGGCUAUGUAGCUGUCUCCCAGGGUUUGGAAUUUGUGGCCGACAUGAAGCUCGCUCAUUAUCUCCACAUCGCCCCACGUACACUAUUCAUAGCCCAGGGUUUAGCUACCCUCGUAGGAGCCAUCGUUCAAUGCGGUGUCACCGUCUUUAUGGUCACAAGAUUUGACAACAUCUGCACCCCAAAGGCUGAUGGUGGAUUCACCUGUCCUCAUGGUCGAGUAACAUAUUCGGCUUCUUUGAUAUGGGGCGCCCUGGGUCCUGGACGAAACUUUUCUCCCGGUCAAAUCUAUGGUAACCUCCUCUGGUUCUUCCUCGCUGGACCUGUAGUAAUUGUCAUCACCUUUCUCCUUGGGCGGCGAUGGACGUGGUUGAACAAGAUCUCAUGGCCUGUCGCCUUUGGAGCCAUGAGUCUUGUUCCGCCUGCAACAGGGAUCAAUUUCUCCUCAUGGUGGGUGGUCAAUGUAAUCUUCAAUGGAAUCAUCAAGCGGAGGAAGCCUGCAUGGUGGUCCAAGUACAAUUACGUUUUGUCUGCCGCUCUCGACUCUGGCGUCGCCGUGGCCACCGUCAUCAUUUUCUUCUGCAUCAUGCUUCCUGCCGGCCCAUUGCACUGGUGGGGGAAUAUAGUGUAUCGCAAGACUGCAGACGGGAUGGGAACGCCUCUCAAACCCUUGCCAUCUUCGGGAUACUUUGGGCCACCAAGUGGGACAUGGGAAUAG